AUGAAAGUGGCCUAUAUUGAUGCAUGGUUUGUUAGUUGUUCAUGUGUAUAUAGUUGUGGCUUGACAACAUUAGAUUUUGCAAAGCUUUCACAUGCUUCUCAAAUUAUUCUGAUGGUUUUUACAUUUAUAUCAGGUGUUACAAUUAGUACAUUACCAGCAUUAGUCGUUAAAGCUCAUACACACAGAAGAGUCCAAGGAAUAACUGUCGAUAAUGAUCAUGGAAAUUUAGAAGACGAAGAUAACGAUGAAUUACCAACAAUUAAUAUUCGAUGUGAUCAAACUUUACCACAACCUAUUCUAAAUCAACUCGCAACAUUGCCGACUACAGCAAAACUUCGUUAUCGUGCUUAUAUAACAUGUAUUGUUCUGAUUCUUAGUACUUGUUUUACUAUUUAUACAAUAGGAUUCUUGGCUAUUGGUAGUUGGUUGUCAGUAUAUUAUACAUCUGAACAAUUAUUACAAGGAAAUUCUAGUGUUAAUCCAUGGUAUAUUUCAUUUAUUGUUACUGUAACAGGUUUUAAUCAAAAUGGAUUAUCACCAUUUUCGGAUGGUCUUGCACGUUUUGUUCAUGAUGUUUAUAUCAAUGUGUUUGUUAUGAUGGUAGUAAUGAGUGGAACAUCAUUUUUUCCUGUUAUAUUACGAAAUGUAGUUAUAUUGGCACGGUGUCUAUCUCCAUGGCGGCAUAAAGUUAUUUUUGAUUAUAUUCUUCUGAAUAAUCAUUGUUUAUCUACUUUACUUUUUCCUUCUCUACAAACUCGUAUUUAUCUUUUUGUAACAAUUUUAUUAUACAUAUUAGGUGUUAGUAUUUCACUUAUACUCGAUUUGCAUAGUGUUCACUUUGCUGUAUAUCCAAGCGGUAUACGUGUUCUCAUAUUUAUUUUUCAUACCGUAAAUACACGUUUUUCUGGUUUUCAAACAGUUGAUAUAAAUUUAUUUGCUUCAGCUACAUUAUUAGUUUAUUUGCUGUUAAUGGCAACUAAACCACAAAUGUUAUGUGCUCUUGACGAAACUCCACUUGAAUUAUCUUGGUUGGCAUUGCAAGCACAAGGGAAAGUGAAAGCUGAAACAAAGCCUAUGGUGAACAUCAAUGAUUCCCCAGGUUUAGCUGCAAGUAGUGAUCGAAAAGGAUCGACUGUAUCAGUAUCGACAGCUGGUGUUCUACCAAUACGGUACGUGCAACGUUUUCUACGUCGACAAAGUUUAGCUACUAAAAAUCUUGCUCGACAACAUUUUACUAAUACACAAUUAAUAGAUACUACAAAUCGUAGACCUCAACGUUUGAAAUAUUUACGUAGUCGUUUAUUUCUUAUUUAUUUCAUCCGAGCUCUUAUAAAACAUACAGUUAGUUUUAUUAUUUUAACUCGUACUUGGCUAUUUUUUUUUAUAUUUCUAAUAUGUGCUAUUGAAUAUCGUAAAUUGGCACCUGUUGAUCCACAUAUAACUAUUUUUAAAAUUGUCUUUGAGAUAAUAUCAGCAUUUGGAACUGUUGGAUUAACACUUGGAUAUCCAGAUGUAUCAUCAAGUUUUGCUACUGUUCUUUCACCAGCAAGUAAAACUAUAAUUGCUACAACAAUGUUAAUGGGUCGACAUCGUGGUUUACUUGCAUCAAUGAAAGAUCAAGAAGCUAUAGAACAUAGUGCUAUCGAUUUACUUAAUCGACGACGUGAAGAAAUUAUUUUGAAAUAUCAACAAACAACAUUAGAUACGAAUACUACUGAUCAAAAGAUAUCUGACGAAUUAAUUACACAAUUUUAA